AUGCCUCUCCAAUACGACCCCGAAUUCAUCAAAGAGGCUGGCCCUGCCCUCCACAUCCUCGGCGGUGCCAGUAAAUUCCCAGUUCACGACGUUGACAGUCGAAGAGCAUACUUCGCAAGUUUCACCAGAGAACUUCCUCCCCUUCCGGAAAAUGUCGAAAAGAUCACCCGUCAAGCUUCAGCUCCGGACGGCCGCCAAGUUCCCAUCCAUCACAUCCGCGUGAAAGGGAAACAAGUCAAUCCAAACGGCGAGCCUGCCAUCGUCCACUUCCACGGCGGAGGAUACUUCCUCCUCAGCGCGGAAACAUGUCUCCCUCCAAUCGUUCAGGCAGUGUCGCAAACUGGAGUCCAAAUCCUCAGCAUCGACUACCGACUAGCCCCCGAAAACCCGUACCCCGUCCCAUUCAACGACUGCUGGGCGGCAUUGCAGUGGGUAUACGCAAACGCAAACGAACUCAAUAUCGACACUGCUCGGAUCGCGGUUAUGGGCGAGAGUGCCGGGGCAAGGGAUACAAAUCUCUCGCCUCCUCUCGCGAAGCAGAUCCUGGUUUACCCCAUGCUGGACGACCGAACCACCACCAACCACGCGGGUGAACUAGCGAUGUGGAAUGAAGCGGAUAAUAUCACAGGGUGGACGGCGUAUCUAGGAGCCGAUCGGGGCACGGACAAGAUUAAGGCAUAUGCUGCUCCGGCACGAGUUGAAAGUGUAGAUGGUCUUCCGCCACUUUAUUUAGAUAGUGCGCAGUUAGACAUGUUUGUGCAUGAAGAUCUGGAGUAUGCGCGCCAAUUCGUGACCGCUAAUAUCCCGGUCGAUCUUCAUGUUUAUCCUGGAUUGCCUCAUGGAUUUGAGGCGUUUUCUUCGGGAACUAGUGCGACGAAGAGGGCUUAUGAGAAUCGAUUUAGGGCCAUGACUAGUUUUUAA